AUCUUAUUAGUAGCGUGAACGCGAAAACUAAAUUUAAUGAUCACGCACGAAAUAAAUUGGCGACAACAACAAAGGAAAUUGAGGCAUUGUUGCUCAAUCAUUUAAAAGCACUUAAAACCCUUGACUUGAAAGGCAUUGAGUCAGUGAUUCCAGAAUGGCGUUAGCUAAUGUGGAGGACGAGUACAAGAAGGACCCCAACCUGAAGAGGGAGGACGUGAGGAGUCUGUUGGAGUGGGUGGAGCACCAGCCUCAUCUACCCAAAAUCACUGAGUUACAAGCUAUUUUGUUCUUGCACAGCUGCUAUUACAGCAAUGAACAAGCCAAAACCACCGUUGAUAAUUAUUUCACUGUGAGGACUAUUUGCUCAGACAUUUUCUCCAACAGAUCACCCAAUAAUCCUUCGGUGACAGAAACGCAGGACGUCUGCUUAGUGAGACCACUUCCGAAGCUGACACCUGAGGGCUACACCGUGAUCUUUUCGAAGCUACUAAACACCGACCCAGACAAGUACAACUUCUCCAACCAGAUCAGGAACUGGGACAUGUCCGCCAUAAGGAACUUGAACAUCAAAGGCACCUCCAACGGUUUGAUCAUGGUUGCUGACUUGAAAGGGAUCGCCUUCGGCCACGUCACCAAGCUCAACAUCAUCACCAUGAAGAAGUUCAUGUACUACCUACAAGAAGCCAUGCCCAUCAGGAUCAAGGGCCUCCACUUCAUCAACAUCGUCCCCUUCAUGGACAAAAUUCUGGCCCUGAUGAAACCCUUCAUGAAAAAGGAGUUGAUGAGCAUGCUGUUCCUUCACAAUGACAUGGAGGAGUUCUACAAGUACGUGCCCAAGGACAUGCUACCAAAGGACUAUGGGGGCUCCUGCGUCUCAAUCAAAGACCUCCAAGAGCAAGACAAGAAGCUGCUUCGGGAGUACGAAAGCUUCCACAAAAUGGAAGACGCCCAAAUGGUCAACGAAAAAUUGAGGCCCGGACGUCCGAAGCAAGCCAGCGACUUCUUCGGCGUCGAAGGCACGUUCAAAAAGCUAGAAGUCGACUAAAUUUAUACCUUUUUGUACCUUCAAUGUGUAAUAAAGGUUAAUUACUAA